AUGGCUUUCAAACUCAAAGAUGCCCACUGGGAAAUACUGAUUUCGUUCUUAGAAGAGCAUAGUAAUAUGGCCACAGGACGUUUUUCUGGGCCUAAUGGUCGGGAAAUGAAUAAAAAAUUAUGGCUGAGACUUAGCCAAGAGUUGAAUUCAUUGGGACUUGGAGAGAGAACUCCAGAAAAAUGGCAAAAAAGUUGGACUGACUUCAAGUACUUACUGAAAAAGAAAGCUGGCACUAUCCAAGUGGAUAUAUUUAAAACAGGAGGAGGCCCUUCAGAUACCUCACCACUGAGUAAUUUUGAACAAAGGGCCUUGAAAAUUUUGGGAGAAAGCUUUUACAAAGGCACAGGUUGUUCGGAAGUGGCUGUGAGCAAUAUUGUUCAGAGAGAAAAAAGUAUUGUUGGUGAGCCAUUAGACCAACCAUCCACAAGUGCAGGACCCCAGGCAAGACCAAUUAAAACUCAUCCCCUAAAGAUCCCUCACGAAUAUGUUGGUGUUGAUCAUGAUUACUCUGUGCAACCAGCAAAUAAAAAGCGGAAGACCCUUCAAGAUGAAGCUUAUGCAGAAACAAUCUCAGUAUUGAAAGACAUUAAAAAUGUAGUGAACCAAGGACUAGGUAAAAUAUCUGCUAGUAUUGAUAGGCUGACAGAAGCUGUACUAAAGCCAAAUAAGUAG